AUGACAUCGCCCGGAGAUGCUGCCCCGGUGAAACCUCCGCCGUCCUUUUCCGGGUCUCCCCUGGUCAUCUCCAAGCCCAGAUAUCCGGGCGAGCGCGCGGCAUCACCUUCGCUGGAGUCUGAUUUAGUGGAGUCGAGGAUCACUGCCUCGCCAACCCCGCCCCUGUCCGCCGCGACGACGGCGGAUCUGCCGAUCAGGCCUUCCUCGCGGAACUCGCAGACGGCGAGGUUGACGCCGCAGCUUGCGCGGUCAUCGCUGGGUUCGCCGGUCGAUGGAUGGUUAGAAGGCUCAGAAGAUAUCCGGUCCCUGGUCAUACGGUCAUUUUCACCAACUGUCGGCAUCUACGCUUCUGCCGACACGGAUGAGCUGAUUAGGGAGAAGGGAUUCCGCGGGGGUUUCUGGGAGCUUAUCCGCCCUUUUGGCGAGAAUGUGGCGGGAAGAGUCGUUGUUCGCGAUAGUAUCGGGUCCAGUCAUAGCUGGGAGGACUUUGGUGUUCGGUUUAUGGACCUUAGAGGACAGACACCCACGGCAAGUGCUGCUACGCAAGACUCGGCCGUUUCGCAAUUGGAGGACGUUUUGGAGGGACAACUUGAUUCCGCAGAUGAUCCGCUGGGCGGACUGUUGCGCUCCAGGGAUUUGGUGGCCGGCAGCUUGCCGGCAACCUCGCCCUUGUACAAGUUCUUCCUUCGCCAGCUGCUCUCUGCAGCGACGUUGACCCCGCAUGAAACCUUCAACCAUCCGGUGGCAAGUGUCAUUGCCAUCAGUUCGCGCAACGUGGCCCCUCUUGAGACCCUAAGACAGCUUUAUGCGGAUACUAGCAGCGGAGGCAGAAGGCUGGCGGACUGGGUGAACCCAGAGUAUCUACGAUACUAUGUUUUGGUCCACGAUGAAGACCGUGAUGACAUCACCGAAUCUACGAAACUAUAUGACCAGAUGAAGCGGCAUUUCGGGUUGCAUUGCCAUCUUCUCCGACUGCGGAGUCAUCAAUGCGUGGUGACAGAUGACGAUAGUGUUCAGGUACCGCAGUGCGAAUGGCUAUCACCAUCCGAACACCUCUACAAGAUGGGCGAGACACAGACUCUAGUAGAUUUGGGGACAGAAGGUGUUCCAUAUCUGUUUGAAUCCGACGUAAUGGCGAUAAAAACCUUUGUUCGAGAGUUAGUCGCGCAGUCUGUGAUACCAUACAUGGAAAAUCGAGUAGCCGUGUGGAAUGAUCAAGUUGCUUCACGACGACGUGGCCUGAGUGGCCGCUUCAUGUCAAUGUCUCGCCGCUGGGCUGGCUUUGGCUCUGGCUCUCGCUCUGGUACCUCCUCUGGGUCAGGCGGAGCAAGCGGAAACUACGAUUCAACCUACGGUUAUUACAAGCCAGAUACCUCCGAGGCUCUUUUGCGAAAGAUGGCCGAUUUCGCAUUCAUGCUCCGCGAUUGGAAAUUGUCGGCAUCCACGUACGACCUUCUCCGUUCGGAUUAUGGAAACGACAAAGCCUGGCGGUAUCAUGCUGGCGCGCAUGAGAUGUGCGCCAUGAGCACGCUUCUGAACCCACUCGCAAUGCCUGCCAAGACCAAACUCGAAAGCAUCGACCAGAUGAUCGAGACCGCGUGCUAUUCUUACCUCACGCGAUGCUCGGCUUCACUGGACGCGCUGCGGACCCUUUCCCUUGCUGUGGAGCUCCUAAAGUCGCGUGGUGGAUCAGCCACGGAGAGUGCAGCACGGUGGGCCAUGCGAGUCAUGGACUUGGGCCUGGUUGGCUCAAUCGGCCAGGUCCUUUUCAGCGAGAGGGUCUCCGCCUGCUACGCAUCCAAGACUACUUUGAGCGGCGCUCGAUGGGGAGGUCGACGGCGGAAGGCUGGGAUGUGGAGUAUCCUCUCGGCAGACCUCUGGCUCAAGUUGGGCAAGCCGACGCUGGCCUCCGUUUGCUUAGAGGAGGCAGAACGGCUCCAUGCCGAUGUUCUCCAACAAGAUGGUGUCUUCCCGAUGCCACAGGUCCAAUCCUUCAUCGAUAAUCUCAAGCAUAACGUGAAGGUGGAGUACCUCGAGGUCAGAGGUCUGGAUACUAGGAAUCAAAGCGUCACCACAGAUCUCUUGGGAACCGACGAGACAAGCGAGCAGCUGGAUAUCAAGCCCAACCAUCGCAGGUCGCUGAUUGGACUCUCUGCUUCCCUAGACACCACUACUCCUCACAGCCCCGUCCAACUGGCCAAAGAUCCGGAGCAGGCAGCGCAUGACGAUUUUGAACGAGCUUAG